UUGCCAUGGCUGCGGCAGUAAACAGAGCGAAAUGUGGACAAGUCUUGCACCAAACUUACCAAUCUGUGUAACUGUAUGUCCAAGAGAGACACGUCUACACUCUUUGCCUUGACCUUCUGGCACACGGCCCUUCCUCUCGUAACCCACUCGGUCAUCGUUCCAUCAUCAUCAACUAUACACACGUUCCCAACAAAAUACAAUAAUUCCAGAACACGAGGUUCUCGGCGUUUGUGAUCUCACUGAUUUGUUUUGUCGUUUCUUUGAGUGCAUUUCAAACGAGGGUAUAGAGUUCAGGUUUUUGUCGGGCACUGGUAAUCAUCGAAGUGGAGACGGUGACUUGCCGAAAGUGUAGAAGACGAAGCAAUGAGUUUCAGAGAAGAAUCCGAGCCCGAGGACCUCAAGAAGCCGUUCCUCCAAACAGGGAGCUGGUACAGAAUGGGUUCGAGGCAGUCCAGCAUCAUGGGCUCCUCGUCCCAGAUCAUUCGUGACGGUUCCAUUUCCGUCAUGCUCUGCGUCCUCAUCGUUGCCCUCGGCCCCAUCCAAUUCGGCUUCACCUGUGGGUAUUCUUCCCCUACGCAAGAUGAAAUAAUCGAGGACCUGGGACUUUCAGUCUCGGAGUUCUCUAUAUUUGGUUCUUUAUCAAAUGUUGGUGCCAUGGUUGGGGCAAUCGCGAGUGGUCAGAUCGCAGAAUACAUUGGGCGUAAAGGGUCACUUAUGAUUGCUGCGAUUCCUAAUAUAAUUGGAUGGCUUGCAAUAUCAUUUGCCAGAGAUGCCUCGUUUUUGUACAUGGGUAGGUUGUUGGAAGGAUUUGGUGUCGGUAUUAUAUCUUACACGGUACCGGUAUAUAUAGCUGAGAUUGCACCUCAAAAUAUGAGGGGAACCCUUGGGUCUGUUAAUCAGCUCUCAGUGACAAUUGGACUAAUGCUGGCUUAUCUUUUUGGACUGUUUGUCAACUGGAGAGUGCUUGCAAUUUUAGGAAUUUUGCCAUGUACAAUAUUGAUACCUGGCUUGUUUUUCGUGCCAGAAUCUCCCCGAUGGUUGGCCAAAAUGGGGAUGACAGAAGAUUUUGAAACCUCAUUGCAAGUUUUACGAGGUUUUGAUACCGACAUUUCAGUUGAAGUGAACGAAAUCAAGAGAUCUGUAGCAUCAGCAGGCAAAAGAGCUACAGUCCGGUUUGCAGAUCUCAAGAGAAAGAGAUACUGGUUUCCUCUAACGAUAGGAAUCGGAUUACUUGUGCUCCAGCAACUCAGUGGUAUCAAUGGUGUUUUAUUCUAUUCAAGUAACAUCUUUGAAAAAGCCGGGAUCUCGGCGAGUAAUGUUGCAACUUUUGGAGUUGGAGUUAUUCAGGUUACGGCUACUGGGGUUACUACUUGGUUGGCGGACAGAGCUGGCCGCAGGCUGCUGCUUAUUGUGUCAUCGUCUGGAAUGACCCUUAGCCUCCUCGUUGUUGCAAUUGCAUUUUAUCUGGAGGACAUUGUAUCAGAAGAUUCCAAAUUCUAUAGCAUGUUUGCUAUACUGUCACUCAUUGGCCUUGUGGCUUUUGUGAUUUCAUUCUCUCUGGGACUUGGACCUAUUCCUUGGCUGAUAAUGUCUGAGAUACUUCCUGUGAAUAUCAAAGGCCUUGCUGGCAGCAUAGCAACAACGGCAAAUUGGCUGACAUCAUUUGUGAUUACAAUGACUGCAAACUUGCUGUUGAGUUGGAACAGUGGAGCUACCUUCACAAUUUAUACCAUGGUUGCUGCUUUUACUGUUAUCUUUGUGUCACUUUGGGUUCCAGAAACUAAAGGCAGAGCUCUGGAAGAGAUUCAGCAGUCAUUUAGAUGAAUUUACUUCCUAAAGCAUAUAUUCAUCUUAAUCUGGCUUUGAAGUGGAUAUAAUGCCGGAGUCAUCGCAUGUAGGUUGGGUUACAUGGAUAUUCCUUAUUUUAUUCUUUUGCAAAACUGCAAGAAUUUGAGUUGAUCGGAUGCCUCCCUAGCAGCUCCAUAAACUCCCUGUGUAUAACAUAGGGGGUGCGAGUCUUCCAUCAUAUUUGCUUUGUGUUAGAGCAAUCACAAUGGUUUAUUCAUUUUGCAUUUGUUUGUAAAAUGGCCAGCAAUGGUUUGAAAAAUGCUCUAAAAAAUUAAAUGCAAAAUACAUUCAUGCUA